UCAGAAUAGUGUUGCCGUUCUUGUAAAGUGUUCUUUGAGCGAAAUGCAUCAAAUAAUAAUGAUACUAAACAAAUUCAAUAACUUUUAGGUUAGCUAUUAUCGGAUCUUAUCGAUUUUUAGAUAAUGUUGAAACUGUUUAUUUCGUCACUUGCGUCUAGUGUUGUUUAUAUUUCAGCUUAGAUUUCAUUUUUGAUUUUUAUAUUGAAAUAAAGGAUGGUGCAAAACACUAUACUAAGAUGACAAUGUACAUAAACUAAACGGCAUAACCGUAUUCUGUCAAAGUGGAGCUCAGAACGUAGCGAAUGCUUGGAAUAAUUAUGUGUACUUCAUUUUACAAUUGCUUUAUUCGUUAGUAAUACAUGCCUAUGAAAUGUUCUCUUCCAAAUAUGUAUUUUGCAUCUUAGUCGUAACUACGACAGUAUUGAUUUACGUACUAUAUCAAAACUUAAAGGAAAAUGAAAGCCCAGUAACUAUACUUUCUCGAAAAACAACCAUUUCAAAUGCUUUACACAUUGCCGUGGUAGCUUGUGGACAGCGAUUGGAGGAAACUUUAGUGAUGAUAAAAUCUGCGCUAUUGUAUAAUGAGCCAACACAAUUGUUAAAAUUUUUAAUAUUUACUGAAGAUAAAUUAUUUGACGCGUUUCGCGAAAAGCUUAGUGAUUGGCAAGCGUUACAAAUGUUCGAAUUUGAAAUUCUACCACUACGGUUUCCAUCAAACCAAAAAGAGGAGUGGUACAGCUUGUUCAAACCUUGUGCUGCGCAGCGUCUUUUUUUACCGACUCUUUUGUCUGAUGUGGAUAGUAUAUUAUAUGUUGACACUGACAUAUUAUUUUUUUCACCAGUUUCUGAUAUCUGGGAUUUUUUCAAUCGGUUUAACAGUACACAGUUAGCUGCUCUUGUUGCAGAACAUGAAGAUUCUAACAUUGGUUGGUAUAAUCGUUUCGCCCGCCAUCCAUAUUAUGGAAAACUGGGCGUGAAUUCUGGUGUCAUGCUGAUGAAUCUUACUCGAAUGCGUACAUUCGGUUGGAAUGAAAAAAUUUUACCGAUUUAUAAAGAGUAUAAAUUGCGAAUUACAUGGGGGGACCAAGAUAUUAUAAACAUAUUAUUUUAUUAUCAUCCAGAAAAACUUUAUUUAAUGCCUUGCAAUUACAACUAUCGAGCAGAUCAUUGUAUGUAUAUGAAUGUAUGUGAUAUAUCAAAAAAUGGUGUUAAAAUAUUGCAUGGCAAUAGAGGUUAUUUCCACUCAGCUAAGCAACCAUUUCGAAUACUCUAUAGUUCGAUUCAAAGUCUUCAACUUAAAAAUAGCCCUUACCAAAACUUUGUAUUACCAAUGCAAGAAGCUAUGGUGGAUUCACACCUUUUUGAGUCGAAUUGUGGAAAAGUGCUGAAAGGAUUACUAAGUAAAACUGUCAACGACUUAGAUUAUGCAACAUAGUUUUAUUAAGUAUUUGUAAAUAAAUCUGUAUUUAUAGAGUAUACAUUUUUCUAUUAUUUAGUUUAAGAAAAAUAAACAUAUU